UAACAACACUCAAUUCCCACCUGCGAAACGCACCGCUUGUGACUUACAAACACACAUGAUUUUAUUGUAAUAAACAAUAUAUUAAUUAGUUAACUAUAAGUGAUACAAAAUGUCUUCCAAGUUAACUGUUAUAGUAUUUGUGACGUUUAUUACCAUUGGAUAUGGUCUCACUCCGAACAAUUACGAUAUCAGCAGAAACAAAUUAAACGGAGGCGGGAUCGGAUACGGGCAGUAUGGCAGCGGCUACCCGGAUGGCUACCCAGGCGGGUAUCCGGGCGGGUACCCGGGGCAGUACCCCUACCGGCCGGAAGGGCCGCCGGGCGCUCAUCCCGGCUGUCCUCUAUGCGACUCUUCGGUGUACAGCUAUUGCUCGUACAAGCAUGACCACGACUCAUGCUGCUGUGAUGAUAAUCGAUACCACCCGUACUCGUGCCGGCGCACGGACUGCAAGUUCCUGUACGCGAACUCGUGCAAGGAGUACCACCUCAUCUCCAACUGCUGCUGCGUCGACGUGCAGAAGAACGCUGUACCCGUCGCGCCACUCCUAGCGCCCGUCAUUGCGGCUUAGGCAGGCACUUCAUACGUACAAAGUGUCCGCCAUACAACUUGGACCUGAACCAGCGUAGUGGGAGAAAGUUGGCAAAUACGGGAAGCGAAAGUCGACGUAUGACGUCAAGUAUCAACCAAUCGCGUGCACUCGCACCGACUGAUCAACCAAUCGCGUGCACCCGCCAUUCGCCAGCCAAUCGCAUUUCGCCCGACGCUUUACCAGCAGCACGCUAAGUUUCUUUCUAAUUUUCUUCUUCCCAAAGCGUUUUCUUGUAUUUCCAAAAGCGUUUCCACUUUUCUUUCAAAAGAGAAAACUUUUACCACGUAACUAAGUGCGUCUACCAAAUCCGGAAAUCGCGAAAUUAUUACCGAAAUCGGGAACGAAAAAGCUUUUGGCAAAGCAGAAAAUCAGGAGGAACCUCAAUUUUCUCUCAGUAUGCUGAGUGAUACUUUAGAGUGCCUGCUCUUAUGUAUUGUAUAGUUGGAGGAUUUACCUACAAUAUCAACCUGCCAACGAUCUCUACGUACUACUUAAUUAUUAUUGGAUUGGCCAUUCCAACCAAAAUGUUUCUGGCUGCAAGUCGCUUUAAAUUGAUGACCUGGAGUGUCGGCUUGACACUGGAUGAAUUUAAAAAGUUUAAAUUCAUCCAUCGUAGAAUACGAAAAUUUAAGGUCUCUACCUAUUAUGGUUCAGGAGAUACAGCUCGCUAAUAGACAGAUGGACAGACGGACGGAUAGCAGUCUUAGUAAUAGGGCCCCGUUAGCACCCAUCGGGUAAGGAACCCUAAAAGCGCGCGUUUUCGCUGACAUUUGUACAAUUAACAGGCCUCGUUCUUUUUCCCUGCAACUUUCAAUUCAGUAAAAUAAAAAUAUCAACUCCAUGAGACUUUCCUAAAAUUUGUUAGAUUAUAAUAUAGAAUUUAAGUGUAGAAAUAAUUAACUAUAAUUAUUAUAAGGAAUAAAUAAAUGCCUUUAUACUUAAACAAAAUGUUUUUUUGGAUUUUUACUAACGCAGAAUGGAAGGCAAAAAAUUUAACGAAUCCAAUAGCCAGAACAGCAGAAGUUGAAAUAAAAUAACUUUGUAACUUCCAGGCUUGUUUCAAUUAGGAACAAAAUAAAAUUAAGAAUUAUUUUA